CGAUCAGGCGGAUGUUGAUGCGCUAACCAGCUGCAAACUUUCCUCACUCGAUCACUAAACCUGCUGCAUUAAUCAGCCUCUGGUUGCCAGAUCCUCUGUCAUGAAAUCCUCCUGAUUAAUUGACAUGUUUUGGUAAAAUGGCCGCUGAGCUGUUUCCUGCCAAAAAACUGGCCACUGUCGCACCCAGUGCUGUUCAACAGAUCCAGCAGCAGAACGUCAGCAACAACAACACCAUCCAGGGAUGUAACUGGCAAGGCUUGUAUCCCUCCAUCAGAGAGAGAAACGCAGUCAUGUUCAACAACGAGCAGAUGGCUGAUAUUCAUUUUGUGGUGGGACCUCCCGGAGGAACCCAGAGAGUGCCGGGACACAAGUAUGUCCUGGCUGUGGGCAGUUCUGUAUUUCAUGCCAUGUUCUACGGAGAACUGGCUGAAGAUAAGGAUGAGAUCCGGAUCCCCGAUGUGGAGCCAGCGUCAUUCCUGGCCAUGUUGAAGUAUAUCUACUGUGAUGAGAUCGACCUGUGUGCAGACACCGUUCUCGCCACGCUGUACGCCGCCAAAAAAUACAUCGUUCCCCACUUGGCCCGCGCUUGCGUCAACUUCCUGGAGACCAGCCUGAGUGCGCGAAACGCCUGCGUCCUGCUCUCUCAGAGCUGCCUGUUCGAGGAGCCCGACCUCACGCAGCGCUGCUGGGAGGUGAUCGACGCGCAGGCCGAGCUCGCGCUCCGCUCCGAGGGAUUCUGCGACAUCGACGCUCAGACUCUGGAGAGCAUCCUGCGGCGCGAGACGCUCAACGCCAAAGAGAUGGUGGUGCUGGAGGCGGCGUUGAGCUGGGCCGAGGCCGAGUGUCUCCGACAGGAGCUCCAGCCCACCAUCGAGAACAAACGGCUUGUUUUGGGAAAGAACAUCUACCUGAUACGGAUCCCGGCGAUGGCGCUUGAUGAUUUCGCCAACGGUGUUGCGCAAUCCGGUGUGCUGACGCUCAACGAAACCAACGAUAUCUUCCUGUGGUACACAGCGGCCAAGAAACCGGAGCUCAAGUUCGUCUGCAAGCCACGCAAAGGGUUGACGCCGCAGAGGUGCCACCGCUUUCAGUCCUGCGCCUACCGCAGCAAUCAGUGGCGAUACCGCGGCCGCUGCGACAGCAUCCAGUUCGCCGUGGACAAGCGCGUCUUCAUCGCCGGGUUCGGGCUGUACGGCUCCAGCUGCGGCUCGGCCGAGUACCAGGCCAAGAUCGAGCUGAAGCGCCAAGGCAGCGUGACGCUCGGCGUCGCCAUCAUCAAGUACUUCUCCGACGGCUCCAGCAACACCUUCCCCGUCUUCUUCGAGCACCCGGUGCAGAUCGAACCCGACACCUUCUACACGGCCAGCGUGGUUCUGGACGGGAACGAGUUGAGUUAUUUUGGCCAGGAGGGGAUGACGGAGGUCCAGUGCGGGAAGGUGACCUUCCAGUUCCAGUGCUCGUCAGACAGCACCAAUGGGACGGGUGUGCAGGGGGGGCAGAUCCCCGAACUCAUAUUUUAUGCUUGAGAGCGCCCCGUUUCGAUUAACUAGAACCCGAUGUUUAGGGAAGUGCUGCUCUGAAUUUGCACCGAGGCUGCAAAAAGAUGAUUAGAGAUUACUGACAAUCUAUAUAGACUAUUUUAGAAGUGUUUGUGCCCCUAAAAGAAUGAAGUUUGGUUAUCGUUUACUCACCCUCACUGUCGUAUUUCACGCUGCUGUUUUCAAUCCAGGAUCACUGGAGACUGGGGCGGUCAGAGUUCAGAAAUAUCGAAGUGGUCUAUAUAACUGGUGUGCGGUAAUUUACAACACACAAAAGUUUGGGGUCAGUAGGCAACAGUGGAAGUGGAUCAAAACCUUUCAUCAAAGCUGUACUAAAACCAUUAAGACAACUCUGAUGAAAUGUUUUGAUCCACUUCAAAAUGUUGACGACUACUGUAUUUAAAAAAAAAAUAAUGUAAUACUUUUCAGGAUCCAUUAAAUGAAUUGAAAUUACAGCAAUGACAUAAAAUGUUACGAAAGGUUUCUAAUUCAAAUAAAUGCUGUUGAAUCUUCUCAUCAUCAAAGAAUCCUCAAAAAAAUCUGUUUAAUAAGCAAUACUUAAUAAUACUCAGCAGCACAGCUGUUUAACAUUCAUAAGAAUAAAAAAUGUUUCCUGAGCAGCAAAUCAGCAUAUUAUAAUAAUUUCUGAAGGAUCAUGUGACACUGAAGACUAGAGUAAUGAUGCAUCACGCGAAUAAAUUAUAUCUUCAAAUAUAUCGAAACUGAUGCUUUAAAUUGUAAUAAAAUUACAGUUUUUAUUGUAUUUGAGCAAAUCAAUUUACCAACCCCAAACUUUUUUGUAUUUUUAAUUAUUAUUAUUAUUUGAGGCUCUCAAGUCUCAUUUCCAAUAUAACGUGUUAAUUAUUUUGAAUCAAUAAUGAUCAGUUUCCUCACAUAAAAGCUGCCAUAUGACAUAAAACUGCUCGUAAAAUGGUGCAUAAGUGAACCAGGAGACGUGAGGUUGAGUAAAUGAUCUCAUUUUCAUUUUUAUGUGACGCUCUUCAUUAAGAGAAGAGAUUAUGAUCCACUCGUUUAGCUGGAUAAAUCUUUCUCUCAAAGCAUUAUUGAAAGACACUAAUAAGAACAUGUCUGCUAAAGAUAAAGAAAACCGUAAAACACAAAUAACCUACGCGUCACGGUUUGUUUGUUUUUGUGAAAGUUUGUCAAACGGUUUUACCGGUCACGUGACUGACUUUUACUCUUUACUGAAAGCAGACGUGUGUUUCUUGUGGGAAAGAUUAUUUAAUAUCUUGAAAUGUAAUUUGUGAAGUGUAAAAAUCUAAUUUCACUUGAUUUAUUCUACAGAAUCAGAUUUGUAUCGCCUUGUGUGUCGUAUCGUAAUGAAACCGUAUUUUACUGAGCUUUAAAGUAUUUGAAUAUUUUUUUUUACUCGACACGUGAAGCACAAUUUGUCUUGAAGCGUUUCGCUGAAAACUUAUUUUCUCUACUUAAUAUUCAUGUAAUCCUAUAUUUUAUAACAUUUUGGUGCAACACAACAUUGUAUGUAAGCGGCAUAAAGUUAAGUGGGGUUUCACAAAGACUUUGAGAGAAAAGAUGAGGAGAGGGAGAACUAGUGGUGCUGGUUAAGAUAUCGCACUAUUACUAUUAUUACUCAAACUUUUUUUUUUUUUUUUAAAGAGUAGAUCACCUAAAAAGAAAAAAAUUGCUUGAAAAUGUGCACAUCCUCAGGUCAUCUGAGAUAUAGAUGAGUUUGUUCCUUCAUGGGAACAGCUUUGGAGAAAUCACUUGUGUUAUUAUUCUGCAGUGAAUGGGUGCCGUCAGAAUGAGAGUCAAAACAGCUGAUAAAAACAUCACAGUAAUCUGCAUGCCCAUCAGUUAACAUCUUGCGAAGCUGAAUGAAACAAAUCCAUUAAGAAAUUUUAACUUUGAACUGUCGCUUAAGUCCUAAAAGUCCUGAAAAAGUUGCCUAAUCUGAAUCAGGAGAGAAAAAUGCACAGAUAAAGCACGGUUUACAAGCAGAAACAGUUCUAAGCAAAUACUGAACUGGAGUAAUGUGGAUUACUGUGACGUUUUAAUCAGCUGUUUGAGCUCUCAUUCUGACGGCACCCAUUCACUGCAGAGCAUCCAUUGUUUAGCAAGUAUAGUAAUGAUACAUUUCUCCAUAUCGGUUCUGAUGAAGAAACAAACUCAUUGACAAUUUUCAUUUUUGGUUGAACUAUUCCCUCAAAGUUUAACACUACGGUGCACAACUCAAGGUGUUCUAAUCUGUCACUUUUCCAACAAUCAAAUUUGGGAUUUAAGCACAAAAAAAAAAUCUCAGACACUAAAGGAGGGACCCGAGCCAUAUAGGGACCACAACAUCAUAGACAGAGGGACUGUUUAUUAAGGCCAGUAAGAAAUCGCCCCGUCAAUCAUCUGUUACAGCAUGGAGACGAGGCCAAGCACCAUUUGCAUUUGUUUCAGGAACUGUACAAAUGAUACUGUGGUGAUAAAAUAUAUGUGGUAUUCAACCUGAAACACUACACAACACUCCAGCUCUUUCAUAUCUGUGUCCAUGUCAAACCUUAAUUGCACUAUUUCUCAUAAAGUAGCUGUUUUUGUGGUAACACUGUGGAACAAUGUAGAGUAAGUUAAUUCCGUUGGUUUUAUUUCUGAAAUGCUUGUGAUCUGGACUGGCGUUCUGCUUUAUUCGGUCAAAUCAAACCUUGUGAUAUAGACAUUACUCUGUAAUUUGUGCCUUUUCUGGAUUGGAUUUAAUGAUGUGAACUACCUGAGCGGUUCUUACACGUACACGAAAUUCCUGGACCAUGAGUGCAGAUGUUUUUACAUGCUCUGUGCACUGGUCAUAUUCACUGGAAUUGUAAGUGUAAGAGGUUUUCAUUCAUUCACCGCUGUGUUUUGAUAUAUGGCAUGAGUGAGGAAGCCUGUUUCUUCUGUUGUGGAGAACAUGAGGUGCCUGUGAAAGUGCCAACAGACUUUUUUGAAUGUGUGAACGGCGUUUGUGUCAACAUGAAUAAAGCUAACUUUAACUCCA